AUGGGAUGGUCUCAAUCCACUCACACAUUUUUAUUAGGAGAACCCCCACCUAAAAGCCAGAUCUGCCCCCCCCCCCCCCAGGGUCGAGAGAUUGAGAGCCACGGGCGAGGCAUCGAGAGCCAGGGGCGAGGGAUUGAGAGCCAGGGUCAAGGGAUUGAGAGCCAGGGGCGAGGGAUUGAGAGCCAGUGUCGAGGGAUUGAGAGCCAGGGCCAAGGGAUUGAGAGGGCUAGGGAUCGAGAGCCAGGAGCUAGGGAUCGAGAGCCAGGAGCUAGGGAUCGAGAGCCAGGAGCUAGGGAUCGAGAGCCAGGAGCUAGGGAUCGAGAGCCAGGAGCUAGGGAUCGAGAGCCAGGAGCUAGGGAUCGAGAGCCAGGGGCGAGGGAUCGAGAGCCAGGGGCGAGGGAUCGAGAGCCAGAGGCUAGGGAUAGAGAGCCAGGAGCUAGGGAUCGAGAGCCAGGGGCGAGGGAUAGAGAGCCAGGGUCGAAGGAUCGAGAGCCAGAGGCUAGGGAUCGAGAGCCAGAGGCUAGGGAUAGAGAGCCAGGGGCGAGAGAUCGAGAGUUAAGGGCGGGGCACAAUGGGUAG